CUUCGGGCUUAAAUGUGUAAUAACGGUGGUUUAUUAACUGUUUAAUAUCUGUGAAAGUGCACAAAUGUGGGAAAAUGAAACAAAGCCGCUGAACGUAACUUCUCGGGAUCCUCCAAAAAGUCUACUGAAAAAGUCUUAAUAAAUGACCACCAUUUUACUCAGAUUAUAUUUCAUCCCAUAUCAUCCCAUUUAAUUUCAUCCCAGUUGAUCAAUGUUUCAAAUUAAUCAUCUUCAUUUCAUUUCACUCCAUAAUAUAAUUUUUCAUAAAAAUAUGAAUAUAAAUUUUAAUAAUAUAAAUAUAAAUUUAUUUAUUUAUUUAGACACACCAACAGCAAUACACACAAAACAUUCAAGCUUAAAAUUAACAUGUAUAAAAUUAAGUACUGGUAUGUAAGCCAGUUACAGGCAUGUACAGCAAUCUCUUAUAACACACUAUGACAUGUUACAGCAAUUUUACAAACAGCGAAAAAAUAGGCUAAAAUAAAAUGUUAACAGUAUGACUUAAAGGUCUCAGUUACCAGGUCAUAAAAUCCCUUAAAAAAAGUUAAUCUGUUCUUUGCGAUUGCAUUCGAACGUGUUUUUUAAUAAGCAAAAACUGAAUUAAGCGAAAACAUCAAUUAAAUAAGCUGAACAAGGUGUUCUAAAGAAUCACACAGGAAUUAAGCGUAAAAGAAGAUGGCAGACGCGGAAGAAUACUUUCCGCGAGGUGGAAAGAAGCCUACCGGUGCACAUUUUAAGCAGAGUGGCAACUUUUUAGGUGUUGCAGAAAAAGCAGAAAAAAAGAAGAAAAAACCUAAGAAAAAGUCUGAGGGUGAUGACGGAUAUCUGUCUGACGAAGCCCAAGAUUAUUUGAAAACACACAAGUUAAAUAAUAAUUUAAUUUUCCUAAGUUCUAAGAGUUUAAGGCCUGGAAUAAAUUUACUUGGCAGGGUGAUUCAUGUAUCCGAUGUCAAAAUAAAAGUAUCUAUGCCUUGCAAACUAUUGGGCAAUGUCAUGGCAUGUCACAUCAGCGAGUCUUAUAAUAAGCUACUCGAAGCUUAUGUUGAAGAUAAGACAGAAAAAGUUCGUGAAUUGUCACAAAUGUUCAAACCGGGUCAGUACAUAGCUGUGAGUGUAGUGGAACUGGCACCUGGCAACACCAUGCUGACGACUAUGCCUCAACACGUAAACAGUGGGAAACGACAUACCGAAAUUAAGAAAGGUGCCAUAUUCCAAGCAGCAGUGUCAUCAGUUGAAGAUCACGGGUAUGUAAUGGACCUCGGCAUACCUAACACAACAGCGUUCCUGCCGAAGAAAGAUGCCAAUCCCGAAAUAGAUCUUGACACGGGCAUGGUGUGCUGGUGCGCCGUGAAGUCGGUGAAGCAGACCGCGGACAGCAGCGUGGUGGCGCUGGGCGCGGCGCCGGACUGUCUGCAGGCGGCGCGGCUACAGCACAAGCCCGACUCGCAACUGCUGCCCGGCAACGCCCUCCACUUCACCGUCGACAGCGCCGUAGACAACGGGGUCAAAGGUUUCGUGUUCGACGAUGUGCAGGCGUGCGUGCUGCGGCAACACUUAGAUAAGGGCAAAGCGAAGAGACCGGCGGUCGGGCAGAAGGUAACCGCCCGUGUGCUGUUUGUGAUGCCGCCGAGGAACAUGCCCUAUCUGACGCUGAAGAACAUUUUCGAGACCACAUACCCUGACCUCGAGCAGGAGAGGAAAUACAAGGAUGGGGACAUCAUUGAGGAGGCGCAGGUAUUAAAGAUAACAGGAAGAUCGGUACAUAUGAAGUUGGACCACGGGUGUACCGCUGUGAUGAGCAUCAAGAGAAUUGAUAUCGAAGAGGAAAUGACGGACGAAGAAGUCAUUGCCAAAUCAUAUCCUGUUGGCAGCACCCACAGAGUGAGGGUCCUCAACUACAAUCUAUCUGACUACUUCUAUUCCGUGACGGAUGAUCCCAGUGUUGUCAACGAGAAGUACUUCACCAUGGAGCAGCUGUCCGUCGGCGAGAUAGUCGACGGUCACGUGAAGACAGUCACCGACUCAUACAUCCUGGUCUCCCUGGGGAGGAUGCACGGCUACGUCGGCCUCACUCACCUGACGGACACUGGAGUGCUGCUCGACCCCCGCCAGGGUUCCAAUCCUAAGCUCACCAAAAAGUUUAAGGUGGGACAGCAGGUCCGCGCGAGGGUGCUGUCCGUGGACCCUGCCAAGCCGGCCCUCAUGUUGACCCUGAAGCCGUCCCUCCUCGCAGCCGACCUCGACGUGCUGCAGCGCCACGACCAGGCCGUGAUCGGGAAGGUGUACACCGGGGUCAUAUACGCGAUCCGGGACUAUAUACUGGUGUCGUUCUUCAACAACCUGAUGGCGUACGUUCCGAAGACGAUGGUCUCGAUCGAGCCGAUAGAGAACCUAACCGAGGCCUUCCAUGUCGGACAGAUUGUGAGCUGCACGAUACUGAAUGUGGAUAUCGAGAACAAGAAACUGCUGGGCAGCCUCAUACCGACGCAGACCUUUCGGAUCAACAGAAAACGUAAAGCCAAAGAGAAGCACGAUUCAAUCGGAGAAGAGAGGGAAACCGAAGACGAGGGAGCAACACAAAUUAAUGAGGAAAAAGAUAAACCAAAAAAUAAACAGACAUUAGCGAGCGGAGACGCUCCUGACAAAAAGAAGAAAAAGAAGAAAGACAAUAGAGUAGACGGAGAGAUGAAUGGGAGGACAGAAGGAAAGACAUCCGAGGAGAGUGACGCCAUAGACACUGACUUAUCCGAGGAGUGCGAGCAGGUGUUGACUCCGGAGGACCUGGCGCUGCUCGACCUCAGCCAGUGCCGCACCAAGAAGCAGUACAAGAAGAGGAUCGAUUCUAUAUUGAAUGCGGUUAGCGAAAUACACAGCGGCAUUCCAUUACUUGAGGAGAAAAUCGCAAAAAUAGAAGCCAAAGGUUUGACGACGAAAAACAAAAUGUUGCACACCGCGCUGCACUCCGAGAAACUUAUCAACGAGGAACGCGCCAAGAAACUUAACGAAGGUCUCGAGACGGCUCGACGCGCGCUCGCCGACCUGCGCGCCGAACCUCACAACAACUGCACCAAGCAAACCGACGACGUACAGCCUGAAGUGAAAGAGAAUAUUGAAAAUGAAAACAUACAAAAGAAAAUCGAUAAGAAACGUAAGGCAAAUAAAGAAAGAAAAAACGCUAAAGACGAAACAGAAAUACGCGAUAAGAAGAGAAAAGGAACAGAUGAUGUCCGGAAAACAGAAGAUAGCAAGACAGAUCAGGGGAGGAAGGGACGAGGGGAGCCGGCGGAGAAAAGACGAACCGUAAAUGUCACUGAGGAGCUGCGGCCCGUCCUGCACGCGCCCAGCGCCAAGGACUUCUGGAGUGGGACACUUGACAGUGGGAAGACCCUGCAGGACCAGCAGUCCAGCAGCAGCGAUGAUGAGGAAAAGGAACAACCGAAGAAGAAGCGAAAGAAGCUGUCAGUUGCGGAGAAGCUAGCCAAGGCGCGGGAGGAAGAGGAACGUCUCCGGGAAAUGGAGAAAAGAGCAAUAGAGAGUGACGCCCAGCCGCGCUCCGCCGACCACUUCCAACGAGCACUCCUCGCCAACCCCUCCGCCAGCCAACUGUGGAUAGCCUACAUGGCGUUCCACUUGCAGGCUACUGAGAUAGAGAAGGCCCGUGCCGUGGCCAGGAAGGCGCUCAGUACAAUUUGUUUCCGUGAAGAAGAUGAGAAGUUGAACGUGUGGCUGGCACUCAUCAACCUCGAGAACAGAUUCGGCACUAAGGAGUCUCAACAGAAGACUUUAGAGGAAGCUUUGCAGAUGAACGACACUUUCAAAGUCCACUCCAAGCUGCUGGACAUAUAUGUGGACACUGGCAAGCAGCAGGAACUCUCCGCGCUCGUCGACCUCAUGCUAAGGAAAUACAAAAAGGAUCCAAAAACCUAUACGCUGUGCGGGACAGCCUGCUACAAACUGAAUCUCAAAGAGAAAGCGAGAUACGUUAUGCAGAAAGCCUUGAACGUUUUGGAGAAGAAAGAACAUGUACAAGUGUUGGUGCAGUUCGCCCUGCUAGAGCGAGACCGCGGCGAGCGAGAGCGCGCUGAAGCCUUACUCGAACAAGUGCUCGCUGUUUACCCGCAACGCGUCGACGUGUGUGCCGUGUACGUCGAUAUGCUCGUUAAGGAAAACGAUAUCGAACGCGUUAGACAAGUUAUGGAACGCAUCACGUCCCAUCAGUUGCCAGCUAGAAAAAUGAAAGUGCUCUAUAAAAAAUGGAUUGAAGUCGAAGAGAAGAUCGGUGAUGAAGGGAAAGCGGAGAUAAUCCGACAGCGCGCCAUAGAAUAUGUAGAAAAAGCAAAGUUCUAAUCAAUAAUUUUUAUUGUACUAUUAAUUUAUAAAUUAAUAAAAUCAAUUAUAAGUACUUGAA